CAUCAGACACAAAAUAACCUCACCCAUAGGCAUUACUCCAGAGUGUCGCCCAACGAUCUUGUUGUAUUUUCGUUGUACCUACGUUAAAAGACUCGCCUUUCUGUCGGAAUACAACUACGACCCUGAAUAGUAAUCAUUUCAAACUCCGAGAUUGAAUCCCAAGAACUGGGGUUUUCUUUGAAGAUUUUUAAUCUAUUUCUGCAUAGGAAAUUUCUCUCUCGCAAUCGCAAAUACAGAGUUGAAAAUUUAUGCUCGUGAAACUUAACUCUUCCUGGAGAUCGAUCAUUUCCAAGCUAACCUCCUAACAUCAUGGAUAUGAACAGAAUUGAGCUGGAGGUCCAAAGCCCGUCAACGCAUGCUGGAACAUCGUCUAGAGUCGAAGCAGAUCUUGAACGCGAAUCGAACCUAGGGUCCGGCACCGCCCAUGGACACGAAUUCUCACUUGCUCCAGUCGAUCGAGGUAGAGAUGCAUGGAUGUUUCUAACGGCAGCUUUUAUGGUAGAGGUGUUAGUAUGGGGGUUUCCUUUCGCCUACGGGCUUUUCCAGGAAUUCUACAGCUCUCAUGAACCAUUCGCAGGGUCCAAGAAUAUUGCAGUUAUUGGCACCUGUGCUAUGGGUGUCAUGUAUCUUUCUGCCCCGCUGGUGUUCGGAACACUGCAACGCUUUCCUCGAUUAAAACGGCCGGCUGUUGUAUUUGGACUAAUUACGAUGUGCAUUGGGCUGGGGUUGAGUUCACUGUCCCAGAAUGUGACACACUUGAUUGUAACUCAGGGUGUUUUCUAUGCCGUUGGAGGAGGGCUUGUUUAUUCCCCCACGAUAUUGUUCAUGGAUGAGUGGUUUGUGAAGAAGAAAGGCUUCGCGUUUGGGGUGAUGUGGGCCGGAACCGGUCUCGGCGGCGUCCUCAUCCCCUUACUCCUCCAAUACCUCCUCAACAACUACGGCUUCCGCACAACCCUCCGAUGCUGGUCCAUCAUCCUCUUCCUCGCCACUGCACCCCUAACCUACUUCCUCAAACCUCGUCUCCCCAUUUCGCAAACCCGCAACCCACGCCCCUGGAACCUCUCUUUCCUUUUCACACCCACCUUCCUCCUCCUCCAAACCGGCAACAUCCUUGAAGGCCUCGGCUACUUCGUACCCUCCAUCUACCUCCCAACCUUCGCCCGCCAACUCGGGGCAAGUGGAGAAGUUUCCGCUCUAACCAUCAUUCUGUUCAACAUCGCCUCCGUGUUCGGCUGUAUCCUUAUGGGCCUGAUUAUAGACCGCUGGCAUGUUACAACAUGUAUCCUACUCUCCACCAUCGGAUCUACACUCUCUAUUUUCCUCAUCUGGGGAUUCAGCACCUGCCUCCCUCCCCUCUUCAUAUUCAGCCUGUUGUACGGGCUCUUUGCAGGUUCUUUCUCUUCAACCUGGCCUGGAAUAAUGGUAGCCGUGAAACAGCAUUCCGGCGCUGCGGACGCAGACUCAAGCAUGGUAUUUGCGAUGCUGGCCGCGGGCCGUGGGAUUGGGAAUGUGGUUUGUGGACCUGUUAGUGAAGCAUUGAAAACAGGGGGGAAAUGGGAUGCGGUGGGGGUUUAUGGAGACGGGUACGGGACACUGGUUGUGUUCACGGGGGUUUCCGCCGCGUUAGGCGGGAUCGGGGUGUUGGGGAGACGUGUAGGUUGGGUUUGAGUAAGAGGAAUUGGAUUGGGCUGGGUUGGCGUGAAAACUGGAGCGAUGUUUGAUGGCAUGUCAUAUAGCUGUCUCUUCCGAAGAGAUAGAUCUAGAGAUUGCGACGGAAUGAGAAGCAGGAGAGUGGUUUUGGAAUGCUCUACUGUUAGUAGAAGAAAGCUUCGGCGACGUAGUCUGUCGUGAUAUUGGUAUCUAAACCACAAAAGGGUUUCUAC